AUGAUCGCAACGGACCUGAAGCCGUUCCGUAUUGUUGAAGAUCUUGGGUUUCGACAUUUUGUGCAUUGCUUAGAUCCACAGUACAUUCUGCCAUCUGGAUAUACAUUAAAAAAUGUACUGCUUAAAAAUAUAUUUGAAGAAAUAGGUCUAAAGUUAAGAAUGAUUCUUAAAAAGAUUACUUACUGCGCUGUUUCAAUUGAUUGCUGGACAUCUCUUGUCAAUGACCAAUACUUGACCAUCACUUGUCACUUCGUUACUUCAAACCUUGAGAUAAAGUCAGUGGUGCUGUCCACUUACAAUCUUUUAAAGGACAUUAGAGACACAAGUGUCAUUAUUGAAAAAACAUUGCUUGAAGUUUUAACUUAUUGGGAUAUCUUGGGAAAAACGGUAUGUUUUGUGACUAAAAAUGAUGAUUCGAUGAUAAGGGCUUGCGAGUCACUAAAGAAACCGCACUUGCCCUGUUUCGAUGAUACUUUAAGUUUGAUUGUCCAAGACGCUUUGUCGGAAGAUCGUAUAAAGGAUAUUUUGGCAAAAAGCAAUCGAAUUGUAACUUUUUUCAAGAGCAGCUCCACUGCUUAUGCCAAAUUGAAGCUUGCUCAAGGAACUGAACCCAUCAAUCUUAAAAAAGAAAUGCCUACUCGUUGGAAUAGUUGUUAUGAAAUGAUAUCUCGGAUACUUGAAAUCAAAGAUGUGGUUUCUGAAACUCUUCUCUCUAUCAAAGGAGCACCAUCUCCUCUCGGUGCGGAAGAAAUUUCUGCUCUAAUGGACUUAAAGGAAUUGCUUGAGCCCUUCGAUUCAGCAACAAACCUAGCAUCAGCAAAUAAUAUAGUUACUAUAUCACAUAUAAUUCCUGCAUCGCAAGAUAUAUAUCGCCGCUUAGCGAAUAUGAAUACAAGCUUGCGCACAAAGGAAGGUCAAAAUAUUUGCUUGCUACUCAUGAGUCAAGUAUCUCAUCGACUCUUUCCCUACGAAAAACAUACGGCUGCUAGAAUUGCAACUUUGUUGGACCCACGAUUCAAAAAGGAGGGAUUCCGAAACAACUACGCUGCAGAGCAAGCUGUUUUAGCUUUGGAGAAUCAAGUCGCUACAACUUUGCAUACUUGUAAGCAAUACUCCGAUGAGAAGGCUCACGACCAGCGGCAUACAAUGUAUUCAUUUAUGAAAGAAAAACACACUAAAGAAAUUGAAAGUUCAAAAAUGGAUGCUGUAGUUCCUAUUCAACAGUAUUUCGAAGCGGAACAUGCACAAGAAAAUCUCUGCCCUUUGGAGUUCUGGAAGGCACAGACUAGUCAAUGGGAGCCAAUGCUGAAGUGUACAUUCAAAUAUUUGUGCAUCCCAGCAGUCUCAACGGAUUCUGAAAGAAUGUUCUGCAAAACGGGCGCCAUCAAUUCAGACAGACGGGCGAUCUUAAAACCACCAAGUAUUGAUAUGCUGUUGUUCGUACGCAAAAAUCAAUGGGUGUUAGACACGUAA